GCUGCGGGGGGAGCGCUGACCUGUUCUCUGCCCCGAAGAUCGGUUGGGGCCGCCACCAGGCAAGUUCGCCCCACCAGUGGGCGCCGCGGGCCGAGAUGCUCCUCCGGGACCUGGUGCUGCGCCGUGGCUGCUGCUGGCCCUCGCUGCUGCUGCACUGCGCGCUCCACCCGCUCUGGGGCUUCGUGCAGGUGACGCACGGUGAGCCCCAGAAGUCCUGCUCCAAGGUGACAGACACUUGCCAACACAUCUGCCAGUGCCGGCCCCCGCCUCCGCUGCCCCCGCCGCCCCCGCCCCCGCCGCCUCCCAGGCUCCUCUCGGCCCCAGUUCCCAACUCUACCUCGUGCCCCGAUGAGGAGAGCUGGUGGUCGGGGCUGGUGAUCAUCGUGGCCGUAUGCUGUGCCGCCCUGGUGUUCCUGACCGUGCUCGUCAUCAUUUGCUACAAAGCCAUAAAAAGGAAACCACUGAGAAAAGAUGAAAAUGGCACCAGCAUUGCCGAGUACCCCAUGAGCUCCUCCCAGAGCAACAAAGGGGUGGACGUGAACAGUGCGGUGGUGUGA